AUGUCACGGCUUGAUAAAUUAAUUCAGAUUAUUGAAACUGGUUCAACGCCUUCAAUAAAACAAACAGCAGCAAAGCAACUUGGCCAGAUUUCUAAGCUCAGCGUUGGCAACGAUGACGGAUACGUUGGCGUUGAGGGUGAAUGGAUUGAAGCUGUUAGACUUAUCUUCAAAAUUCUCCCUCAUCUUCGCUCAAAGAAUUGGGAUACUAGAAUCGCUGCUUCUCUUGCUAUUGAGUCAAUCCUCAAGCUAUCAGGGACUUGGAAGCCUUUUACAGACAACUCAGUUAUAACCGCAAACUUAACUUCUAAUCUUCGUUUACUCAAUGUUAACGAUCUUUCUCAGAAUGAUAACAAACUUUUGGCGUCUACCGGUCAAGAAUACGCUUCGUUAAACACUGCAAACUUACAAUCAGCAAAGUCAGAAGCUGCUAAUAGACUCGGUUUAGGUUUCUUAGAGCCUAACGAAAGUUUUGGUUUCAACGUUGAAGACGAGUUGUCUGUCAGUCAUAACCAGCAAACUCAGCAAACUCAGCAACCUCAGCAACCGUCUGUGUCUGGCCCCACAAUUCCACAGUCUCAAUCACACUCUCAAGAUGAUGCCGUUGAAGAGAACAUGUCUGCUUUGUCUGCGAGGGAGAGAAAUCGUCUAAAGCGCAAGCGGAAAUUGGGCCAGCCUACCAAUACACCUUCAACAAAAGUCAGAGUAAAUGAACCGAACACCUCAGUUAAAGUUGAAAGUACAGAAGAUGUCAAGCCUUCACAAGAAUCAUUAGUUGUCGACCCUAAAGCUAAGGCUGCAGAGAGAGAAGCUGAAGAAAAGGCGAAUAAAUCUACAACUAGCUUUAUCGAGCGGCCUCCUGGUGAAUAUCCAUUUGGUGCCCUGGCUGAUGUUAUGCAACUCGACCUCUUGAGCUCUUCUUGGGAAUUAAGACAUGGUGCCGCUGUUGGUUUGAGAGAAUUGUUUAAAAUUCAAGGAGCUGGCGGUGGUAUGAUAGUAGAAGCAAAACCCGAAGACAAUUCACUCAAUCACACAGUAUGGAUGGAAAAUAUGGCUGCUAACGUUCUUUGCGUUUUAAUACUCGAUAGAUUUGGUGAUUUCAUCUCAGAUCAAGUAGUAUGUCCAGUGAGAGAGACAGCCUCCCAGACGCUUGCUUCUCUCGUAUUACACAUGGAUGAAACUUCAACUGAGCACGUCCACACCAUACUGCAUACUAUGAUUUACCAGUCGUACGCAUCAAACGACAGCAUGUCUCCGGCAAAGAAAGGUGAUAAAGGUUUUGUUUGGGAGGUUCGUCAUGCAGGUUUGCUAGGCUUGAAAUACUUUGUUGCUGUCAAGAAGAAUCAACUUGAUAAAAACAGAAACGAGAUGCUGAGAAAGGUGGUUGACGCUGUUAUACUUGGUUUAAAUGAUUCAGACGACGACGUAAGAGCAGUUGCCGCAUCAACUCUUCAGCCUAUAGUCGGAGUAGUCAUGAACACACUUUUCGAAUGUGUUCCUCAAAUUCUUGAUGCCAUUUGGGAUAGUUUCACUCAGUUAAAAGAUGAUCUUUGCAGUAGUACUGGAAUCGUAAUGGGUUUACUGGCUGAGUUUAUUGCAUAUGAUAGCAUAAUGGAAGUACUUCUCAAUCCUCAAAAUUCGUCUCGACCACCGUUACCUGAGCUGAUUUCACGCUUAUAUCCAUUCUUCCGUCAUACCAUAGCAUCUGUUCGGAUAGCUGUCGUUCAUACUCUUAUAAAAUUCGUCAAAACACCUACGCUACCAAAUAGCUGGAUUGAUGAUAACUUUCUCCGAUUCGUUUACCAGAACGUCAUACUUGAAGAGCGGAGUGACAUUCGCAAUGCUUCUCUAGACCUCUUCCAUUGCGCUGUCGAUAAUACAAAGUCCGAAGAAAUUCAUCAAUACUUGUUCAAUCAUUUACAGGGUUGGUUUGCUAUUGUCAUGACUCCUAUCGGUCUGCCAAUGGAUAGUAAUUUCUUCGUGAAGUCUAGUGGUAUACAUAAUCAGAAUGUUAAUCAGAACGUUCAUAACAUCGACAAAAACAUGAUGACACAAGACCUAUCACUAGUUAGCGUUGAAAAUAUACUCAAAAGCAGAUAUGCGGCUGUCAAUGCUUUAGCUAGAAUAUUGGCGGACUGGCCAAGUGAGUCUCAAGAGGUGUCGUUCUGUGGCCUAAUACCUGCAUAUGUUGGUUCGACCUACGCUCUUCAUCAACAACUGGCAGCUGCUUUAAUUGAAGAUUGGGCUACUUUUAGCAAAUCUGACCUGUCAGAUAACUCACUGGCAAAGUUACUAAAAAAGCAGCUUGUUGAUAUUUUGCUGGGUGAUACGCCGACGACAUAUUCAGAGAUGGGGCUAAUGUUAUCGCAAAUCCGUAAUGAAUGUCAAAUAGUCUAUAGCUCCCUCAUUAACGAUGGUAAACUUAAGAAAGAUUCGUUACCUUCAAUACCAAAUGAAAUAGAUCCAACAGGAACCAUCGAAGGAGCAUUUUCUCUAUCGAUAGCUGACCAUUUAAUGGGAGUUGAUUACGAUAAUGCCAUCCAUAACAUUAGUAGCCGUAGAAAGAAUACCGUCGGUAUGAUAGACGACAGAAAAAAGAAAACCAUGUCGACCAUUCAAUUCUACAAAACGCGUAAAGAUCGUUAUGAUACUCAGGUUUACGCUGCUGUUGCUGCUGCAGUGGUUGCUCUGAAGGAGCUACCAGCCAAGCUUAACCCUGUCAUAAGAAGCAUCAUGAACAGCAUUAAAACAGAAGAUAACAUGGAUAUACAACAACGGGCCGCCAGAGCACUUGCGAACCUAAUUGAACUUUGUUGCCUGCCUUCGGCUAAAGCCAAUCCAAGUGAAAAGAUAAUAAAAAAUCUUUGCACCUUUGCAUGUCAGAAUGAGUCAGACACACCAAUUUUUACGAUCAAUAGCAAAUUGCGUGAGGGUUCGAUGACUUUAAUGAUAGAAGAGACAGAAGCGAAAGUAGCAGCCUCAGCUAAUCAGAACUCAAAGAAGAGUGUAUUGAAAGAUGAGAAAGAUUUACCUCGUAUAACUACAAUACAAAGAGGCGCUUUGCAAUCAAUAUCUGAGUUCUCUAGGAAAUUCGGUCAGGCACUAUUUGAUAAGUGCUCAAAGCUUUAUGAUUGCAUGGCUUCAUUUACAGAUUAUCACGUUGGUUCCGAACUUUCAGCUGAAAAAGGACAAGAAAUAGUAGAUUCCUUUACUAUAUUCAGGAUGGUUGUUGAAAAUGUCGACUCAAGUCUACACUUCAAGCUACUUGAAUUGUUACCUAACUUGUGUCAAGCCAUGAAAAGCAACUACGCUGUCAUUAGAUAUGCUGCUGGCAAGUCUUUAGCUAGUAUUUGCAAAAUAUGCACCAAUGAAUCCAUGUUGCGAGUUGUUGAUGACAUAGUUCCUUUCGUAGGAGAUUCUUCUUGCUUAUAUCAUCGUCAGGGUUCUCUCGAAAGUAUACACCAUAUUGUUAGCACGCUCGAAACUGCAAUUCUACCUUAUGUUCUGUUUCUUGUAGUUCCAGUACUAGGUCGAGUCAGCGAUGCAGACGACUGCGUUCGUAAACUAGCUACUAGUACGUUUGCGACUCUGGUAAAGCUUGUCCCGUUGGAGGCUGGCCUACCCGAUCCUGUCAAUUUCCCUGAAAGGUUAUUAGUGAAACGUGAAGAAGAACGCAAAUUCCUAACACAACUGCUUGAUGGUAGUAAAGUUGAAGAAUAUGAAAUACCAAUUAAGCUUAAUAUAGACUUGAGAAAGUAUCAAAGAGAAGGGAUUUCCUGGUUAGCGUUUUUGAAUAAGUAUCAAUUGCACGGUAUUUUGUGUGAUGAUAUGGGUCUUGGUAAAACACUACAAUCAAUCACAAUACUUGCUAGUCUGCAUCACGAAAGGGCCAUGAAACACGAGCAAAGUAAGUCUGCUGACACCAAGCACCUACCAUCAUUGGUUAUCUGUCCACCAACGUUAACUGGUCACUGGAAGCAUGAAGUGCUGACAUACGCUAAUAAUAUCAAGCCACUGCUCUACACCGGUGGUCCUAGUGAAAGAAUUAAACUUCGCAAAUUAAUUCCUCGUCAUGAUGUGGUCAUUAUGUCUUAUGAUGUUGUCCGAAAUGAUAUAACCGAUUUAGGGAAAGUUAAUUGGCUAUAUUGCAUUUUGGACGAGGGUCAUGUGAUAAAAAACACAAAGACGAAGCUCACAAAAGCUGUGAAAGAGAUCAGAGCACAUCAUAGACUAUUGCUAUCUGGUACCCCCGUACAAAACAACGUGCUAGAGUUAUGGAGUUUGUUUGACUUCCUGAUGCCAGGCUUUUUAGGUAGCGAGAAGCACUUUAAUGACAAGUUUGGCAAAGUGAUUUUUGCUUCACGGGAAGCUAAAGCAUCUUCAAAAGAACAAGAAGCUGCAAAUAACGCACUAAAAAUCCUUCACAAGCAAAUUUUGCCUUUUAUUAUGCGCAGGUUGAAAGAAGAUGUCCUCGAUGAUCUACCACCCAAAAUCAUACAGGAUUAUUAUUGCGAUCUAUCAGAACUACAACAACAACUCUAUGAAGAAUUUGGCAAGAGCUCUGCAGCGGAUGACGCCAAUCAAGCGGUCAAAACAGAUGAAAAAGGUUCUCAAAAACAACAACAUGUAUUCCAAGCGUUGCAGUAUCUUAGAAAGCUAUGCAAUCAUCCUUCACUCAUCUUCAAUGAACAGAAUGCAAAGCAUAAGUCAGUGAUAAAAACAUUAGAAUCUAAAGGUGGUAAUAUACGCGACGUAAACAACGCACCAAAACUUUUAGCAUUGAGACAGCUGCUACAAGAUUGUGGUAUCGGUGAAACUGUUCAACCUGCAGAAGAUUCAGCUAACGUGGAAACCGGAACCGUAGCACAGCAUAGGGUGCUAAUUUUCUGCCAAAUGAAGCAAAUGCUAGAUAUAGUAGAGAACGAUCUCUUAAGGAAGCUCAUGCCUUCUGUUUCAUUUAUGAGACUAGAUGGUCAAACGCCGGCAGAUAGUCGUCAUUCCGUUGUCCAAAAGUUCAAUCAAGAUCCAAGUAUUGAUGUUUUGUUGUUGACUACUCAUGUUGGGGGUUUAGGAUUGAAUUUGACUGGUGCUGAUACAGUCAUAUUUGUGGAACACGAUUGGAAUCCACAGCGUGAUUUACAGGCUAUGGAUAGGGCACAUAGAUUAGGACAGAAGAAAACAGUCAAUGUUUAUCGAUUGAUAACCAGAGGUACUCUUGAAGAGAAGAUAAUGGGCUUGCAACGUUUCAAACUUAAUGUUGCUAACUCAAUUGUUACGCAACAGAAUAAUAGUUUAGACACAAUGGAUACUGGACAAGUACUCGAUCUAUUCAGUCUCUCCACUGGAGCAGAAAACGAAUCUGACAACAGCAAGAGAAAUUCCAAUGCUCCAAAUUCACAGAAGAAUAUGUUGGAAGGUCUCGAAGAUUUACCUCCCGAAGAUGAAUAUGAGUCGCUAGAUGUGAACAACUUCAUCAGCAGUAUGUAA